ACAGGACACUGUGGGAAAAUGAAGGAGGGGAGGGACUUAUGAAAAAAAGAAAGCUGGACCUGUGACUGGCAGCAAAGAGGAAAGUGACCGACAACAUAGAGAGACUAACUUUCAACAAGAAUAGUUCAGUUUCUUUUCUACCGAUUUUGGAAUAUUUUCUUGUUUUUGACCUCAAAGUCCUUAGGUCUCUGUAGAGCUGUAGUCCUGUCACACAGUAUGAACAUCAUUCUCAGUCAUCAAGUCGAAUCUCAGAUGGACGACAGUAGUCCAGUUCAGAGAAGAGGGAGCAGAGCCUAUCAGAUAUUUCCUGAAGCCAACAUGAAUGAAGAAUCUGACUACCCUGAAGACUUUCUCUAUAGAAGGGAGCGUCUACCUUCUAUUGUUGUGGAGCCCACAGAACAUAGUGAGCAUGAAAGCGGGGAGCUGUGCUGUCCUCCACGCUGCCAAAUAAACAAAAAUGUGGAGGAAGAUGAGGAGGAGGACAGCCAUACUGAUCACACAGAGGACUCUGUAGAUGGAGAGCAACAGGAGCAUAUUGAAGAAGGGUCAGUUAGCCGGAAGUCUUCUAUUGGACCAUCCCAGAGUCAACCUUCCCUCUUCCGGCUGACCCCACCCGCCUCCCCCACCCCCCCUGAGGCUGCCCCACCCUGCCUGAGGAGUUGAGCCAGUGCAACCAGUAUGGACUUAAGACCACUGCAGUUCACCUGAACGGUGCACAACCUUUAUAAUAUGUUACCUCUACAUGUGAGGCUAACCUAAUGAAAGAGCACAGGUUGACAUGGUUACAUGUAUAAAAAUAGCUGGAUCAAUUUCAAAUAACCAGUACUAAGCUGACUCCAAUACUGCUAUUUCUGGACUGCUCCCUCUAACUUAACAAAAUCUGUCGUUAACUGCUACACUUUGCUGCUACUGUAUCUGCCAUUGCGGACAGACUCUAAACCGACUGUAGAGAUAAUCUUCAGGACUUUGCUGGGUAAAUCUUUUCCUUUGUGAUACAAAUCUCAUCCCAUUGCAAAUACUUUGUUAUGAAUGACUACCAGGACUGGUUAACAAAACAUGUAACUCCGGGCUACUUCCUGCAUUCCUGUUCUGACUGUUAUAGCAAUGACUGUAGCAAUGACAACUUCAACUGCGUCAUUGAAAAACUCACUCGUGGUAUUAGUGGACCAACAGGAACGAGGACACCAUCCUUUUCAAAUAACUGACUAGUAUCUUUAUAUGGUUUUGACCACAUUUUAUGCCAUUGUUAAAUAUUAUUAAAUUACAUUGCCCAAUAAAUCACAAUUUGUGACAAGGAGUAAAAUCCUUUAUGAUGGAAUGUUGACACAUCAACAAAAUUCAAUUCCCCAUGACUAAAAAAGAUUUAUUGCAACAGUAAUAGAGUAAUAUUGCCCUUAUUCUCAGAUACAUAUGUGCACCCCCUUCAAAAUGUCUCAUAUGUCUCAUAUGUUAAAACUUUCAGGAAAUUCAGAGAAGUCACAAUAUUGUCAACUAGAGUGGCUUCUAUAAGAUAUUGCAUGUCACAUGUUACACUCAUAUUUAGAAAUUCUGAUGUUCCUUAUUUAUUACAAAUAUUCUAGUUUAUCCACAAAGUAAUUUUAUUUCCUUCACAUCCCUUUAUUUUUGAUUUCUUGUUAGAUUUUGGUGAGGAUUCAUGAAGAAAAUGAAUAACUAAAGAGCGGCUACUGCUACAGUAUCAGUUUGACACAGCAGAACAAGAGUCAAAUCAGAUGGAUGGCUCAGUGACUAACACCCUUGACUUUGGCACAGGAGAUUGGUGGUUCAGAGCACAGUUGUCCAAUGAGGAUCUUUUGGCAAGGUACUUCGUGCUUCCCUGCCUAUGUACUUUGUGUUGUAUCUACUUUCAGAUGUACAUCUUUUUGGAUAAAAGCAUCUGCUAAAUGGAAUUGUAAAUUGUAAAUCCAGGAGUUCUUCACCACUAAAUAAAAGAAGAAACCAAUGUAGAGCCCUUCUAUUAUGCUUCUGUGUAAUUCCAAUCAACUGUGGCAAUAGUUUUAUGUCUGUGUGUACAUUUCUUUUAUGCAUUACCCAGUCAACCUAUCAUGAUUGUACAUAGUAAUAAGUUUUAUUUAUUUUUACAAGCAUGCAAAUGCCUAUUUUAUGAUUGACUAAACUGAGAAGUACAGCAUUUAAAGUUCAUUAUACACAGGCCCUAUUCUGGGAAAUAAAGUCACAGAGUCCAACUUAGCAAA